AUGUCAGAGGAUCUCAGCCUGGUCCCCCUGCACCGGAGGCCAGAGCUGCUGGAGGCCUGUGCUGAGCUGCUGGGCGAGGAGUGGGGAAAGAGCCGGGCAUCGCGGCUCCACACGCUCCAGCGCUCCUCGGAUGCCUUCCCUGCCUGCCUGGUGCUGCUGCGGAGCCGGGGCCCUGCUGAGGCCCCCGGGGCCCCGGAGGUUCCCUGUCAGCUUGUGGGCCACGUCCGGCUCUCCCGUGUGGUCGGCCGGCCCCACGACCUCUUUGUAGAGAGCGUGGUGGUGGCCCGGGCGCUGCGGGGCCAGGGCUAGGGGCGGCAGCUGAUGGAGCCAUUGGACUCUGGUGCUGAUGUGUGGCUGUCCUCACUGUCCCCACUGAGCAGCUUGGGUAAACUGAGGCACACAAUGGCCAGAGGGGCACUGGGGAGUAGGGCAGGGUGGCAGGGGCUGCAGGUCCCUGCCCUGCACUGCGAGACGGGCAGGCAGCCAGGACCCCCAGGCAUCUGGCGAGGGCUGGAGGCACAGGAGCAGGAAGGUCAGGGAGAACAGCUGGGCCCUGCGCCGGGGGAUUAG